CGGUACGAGCCUCAUCCUUAUCUGCCACAUAAAAAACGUUUCUCUUUAAAAACCCAUUACCGUAUGCUUCUUUUGAUUUGUAAUAAUAAAUAAAAACCUGUAUCUUCCUUCAAAUCCAAGCCAUAAGAGAACUUUCUCUGUUUCAUCUGUGUCUUUGUUUCGAUAAAAGCCCUUCCUUUCUUCAUUAGGAAUAGAAAGUCCCAGACUUUGAUUUCAAUCUGAGUUUCGGAUCCCAAAAUGGCAUCUGGAUCUUCCGGCCGGGCCAACUCGGGCUCGAAGGGAUUCGAUUUCGGGUCCGAUGAUAUUCUUUGCUCUUAUGAAGAUUACACUAAUCAGGACUCCUCCAACGGAACUCAUUCAGAUCCUGUUAUUGGGUCUAAUUCCAGCAAGGAUUUUCACAAAGGCAGAAUGGCAAGGUCUUCUGUGUUUCCUGCCAAUUCCUAUAGCCAGCCAGAAGAUUCUUUCAGCCAAGAUAUGAUAUCUUUUUUUGAGAAAAGCAUGAAAAAACAUACAGACAACGUUAUGCGCUUUCUCGAAGGUGUCAGCUCACGGCUGUCCCAAUUGGAAUUAUAUUGCUAUAACCUCGAUAAGUCAAUUGGAGAAAUGCGAUCUGAUUUAGUUCGUGACCAUGGAGAAGCAGACGCAAAGCUUAAAUCUCUUGGGAAACAUAUUCAAGAGGUGCAUAGGUCUGUCCAGAUCCUAAGGGACAAACAAGAACUGGCUGAAACUCAAAAAGAAUUGGCCAAGCUUCAGCUUGCGCAGAAGGAGUCUGCUUCUUCAAACCAUUCCCAAUCUGAGGAAAAAGCUUCAUCUCCUGCUUCUGAUCCCAAGAAAGCUGAUAAUUCCCCUGAAAUGCACAACCAACAGUUGGCUCUUGCUCUGCCCCACCAGGUGGUGCCACAGCAACAGCCUGCACCUGUGCCUCCACCGACCCAAGCCCCACCUCAGAAUGUGACCCAACAGCAAUCUUAUUAUUUGCCAUCAACCCAGUUACCAAAUCCACCAGCCCAGACCCAACACCCUCAGAGUCAAUAUCUGUCGUCUGAUCCUCAAUAUCGAACACACCAAAUGCAAGACAUCUCCAGAGUGGCACCGCAGCCAGCUCAGCCACAAAUAAAUCAAACACCAGUGGGCCAACAAUUUACUCAGUAUCAGCAGCAGUGGCCUCAGCAGUUACCUCAGCAGGUACAAGCACAACAACAGCCCCAGAUCAGGCCUUCAUCACCAACGGUUUAUCCUCCUUCCUAUCCACCGCCAGGCCAACCAGCAAAUUCAGCUCCACCGGAGACAAUGCCAAACAGCAUGCCUAUGCAAGUCUCAUAUGCAGCCGUUCCGCAACCUUUACCUAGUCGUGCUGAAAUGCCAUAUGGAUAUGGAGCUGGUAGGCAAGUUCCUCAACAGCCUCCACCUCAGCAAAUUAAGGCAACUUAUGGAACACAAACAGGUGAUGGUUAUGCAACUGCUGGUCCGCCUGCACUUCCCCCAGGCAGUGCAUACAUGAUGUAUGAUAGUAGUGAAGGUGGAAGAACACAUCAUCCACCUCAACCAUCUCACUUUCCUCAGGCUGGGUAUCCACCAGGGAGUCUGAGUCUCCAAAAUUCUCAGCCAGCUGCAGGUGCCAAUGUGUUGGCUCGCAAUCCAAACCAUUCACACCUUGUUCGCAACCAUCCUUACAAUGAGUUGAUUGAGAAGCUGGUAAACAUGGGUUUCAGGAUGGAUCACGUCAUCGGUGUGAUACAGAGGAUGGAGGAGAGUGGUCAGCCCGUGGAUUUCAAUGCUGUACUUGAUCGAUUGAAUGUGCAUAAUGGAAGUUCUCAGAGAGGAUGGUCAGGGUGAAGCUGGUGAAGUUGAUUUUAAUCCAUCAAUUGUAAUACCAACCAUGCUUAAGUUUGUCUUGAAUUUGAAUAACAGGCUGUCAUGAUGCACAGUUUCCUCGAGUAGUUAUGUAUAUCGUGUAUUUUUUUAAGGUCAGAAUGUGGUUAGUUCCUCCUUUCUGCUGAGUGUAAUGGAUUUCUUCCUGUGAUUUUUAGGAUGGGAGAUUCCUGUUGCAAUACUAACCUCUCUUUAAGGAUCAAGGAUUAGUGUGAAAUUGGACUUGUGAAGUGGGGCAUCUGAAGGCCUCCCUCAAUAACAUUUCCCUUUCAUGGUCCCUAA